AUGACUGACGAAGUCCAAUUCCUGCUCUUCGUCUUCAUCGCGCUGCAGGUCCAGAUUGUGCGCCAUGGUCCGCUACCACUGUACUCGCUUGCUUAUGCGCUUGGGAUCCUGGAGGAUCCGAAGUGGUUGGUUGAGUGUGGGCGGAGGUAUGGGUAUGGGUAUGGGUAUGAGGGGGAGGAUAGGAGCGAGAGCGAGAGUGAAGAUGUAGAGGUAGAGUUGACGAUGGAGUAUGCUGGGACUGAGACGGGGGGAGAUCCGCGCAAGCUUGGAGAGGGAGAUUGGGACAGGACGAUGAGCUUGCAUGUGAGGAGGGAGGAUAUGGAGAGAGGAGGGUCGACGUUGGAGUCGACUUGUGGCGAGGAUUGGGGUGGUGGUUGUGUGGACGAUGAGAGGCGGAGUCGUGAAUACGUGUUGAUUGAAGAGGGGGAGGGCGAGGUUCAGAGUGAAAGGGGGUCGGAGAGGAUAGCCGACUCGGUCGUGGUGGGCGAUGAUGUCGAUGCGAUAUGUGAAACAGUAUCUCGUGCGGGCGACAAGAUGUCACAGACGCAGACUAGAGAUGAGUAUGUUGCACGCCAAACAGAUCCGACUGACCGGCCUAUUGAUUUACAAGUCGAUGAGCAACAGGUCGGACUCGACGCCGAACUUGAUCCCAAGCCCAAGUAUGAAGCCGCACUCCAACAUCUCAAGUCAAUGUCAUCUUGGUUCACAUUCCGCUCGAACAACCACAACAUAUCUAUGAGCCCCAAGAGAAUCGCUACACAACACCGUCAACACACAGACAAUCCACCCUUUCUCAACGCAUACACAUACCGUCCCCAACAAGACCAGCCAACCCUCCCAUCAGACUCCCACCACCCCGAUUCCCACUCCCAUAAAGAACAACAGAGCCGCACCGAUCACCAGCACCAGCACCAGCAACACACCAAUCCAUCAACCUUUCAAUUCACCCCCAAAUACCAAAGACCUCCUCCUGCCUGCCCCUCCUCACCCAUCCCGGACCCCGACGAAGCCCUCCCCUUCGCCAACUACUUCUUCGGCAGAAAGGGACUCCAAUACUAUCUGGACCUGGACCGCGACUCCGACGAAGACGCGUAUAGUCCGCUGAAUUGGGUGAUCCCCGAAUAUGCCCGCGGUAGAUCCACGAGGCGCUCGCUGGAGGAUAUCGAGCCGAUUCUGGAUCGAAAGGCCAAGUUGCCGCUUGGUAGGAGGGAUGCGCCUGUUUUGACGACGGGGACGAGGCUGGUGGGGUUGGAGGGUGCGAGUGAGUGA